GUUGAUGAAUAGAAAGAAGAGUGAGUUAAAUUAGGAAAACUACACAUUCCAGGAUUCCGCUCAUUCCGCGCUCCAUGUUUUUUCCGCUCCGGUAGCCGAAGCUUCGGGUUUAUACAAUGCUGGCUCGAGGGCUCGUGAGCGGCCGAGUUGGGCUGCAAAGCCGAGUUUCUGUUGGAUUCCUACAAACUGCGGUACCGUGUGGGAGAACAGGACAACACGAGAGAUACGGGACAGCUGGGGUGGCUCUGAAACAAACUCCUCUCUAUGAAUUUCAUAGAGCUCAUGGUGGGAAAAUGGUGGAGUUUGCGGGAUGGAGCAUGCCUGUGCAGUAUAAAGACAGCCACAUAAACUCGCACCUCCACACACGCCAACACUGCUCCAUCUUUGAUGUCAGCCACAUGCUACAGACCAAAAUCCAUGGGAAAGAUCGAGUAAAGUUUAUGGAGGCAUUAAUUGUUGGAGAUGUUGCAGAGCUGAAGGACAACCAGGGCAUGCUGUCUCUCUUUACUAACGAUAAAGGGGGCAUCAUGGAUGACCUGAUAGUGACUAAUACAGAUCAGGGUUAUCUGCAUGUGGUGUCCAAUGCUGGCUGUGCAGACAAAGACUCUGCUCAUAUGGAGGCAAAACUGAAGGAGUUUAAAUCCGCAGGACAUUCUGUCGAUUUAGAGUAUAUGGGAGAGAGUUUGAUUGCAAUACAGGGUCCGUCGACAGAACGUGUGCUCCAGGAGGGUGUGUGUGAGAACCUCAGAAAGCUGACCUUUAUGACCAGUAUUUUGACCACAGUGUUUGGCAUCCAGGGCUGUAGGAUCACCCGCUGUGGAUACACUGGCGAGGAUGGGGUUGAAAUAUCAGUUCCAAGAGGGAAUGUAGUAGAGUUGGUGGAGCGACUACUGGUCAAUAGUGAGGUUAAACUGGCUGGCCUUGGUGCAAGAGACAGCCUUAGACUAGAAGCAGGACUCUGUCUCCAUGGCAACGACAUUGAUGAGACCACGACACCUGUGGAAGCAAGUCUCGUAUGGACUAUAGGUAAGCGUCGUCGGCAGGCGAGGGAUUUCCCUGGAGCUGAUGUCAUUGUUCCACAGAUCAAAGCGAAGCCCAAGAGGAAAAGAGUGGGACUUAUGUCUCACGGCCAACCAGUCAGACAGCACACCCCCAUCCUCAGCACCGAUGGCAAAGUUAUAGGUAAGGUCACCAGUGGCUGCCCAUCUCCCUGCCUAAAGCAAAAUAUUUCCAUGGGUUAUGUGGAGACAAGCUUCAGUAAAGUAGGAACGCCUGUUCAGGUGGAGGUGAGGAAGAAGAUGAUACCAGCAGUGAUCAGCAAGAUGCCAUUUGUCCCUACAAACUAUUAUACUGGACAGUAAAGUAACCACAGGGCGAUCAAAUCAUUCAUUUUGCAAAAUAAAUCAUUUUUAAAAUAAAGGUCUGUCAGUGAAAUAUUUUUAACAGUUUAUAGCCACUUGGAUUUACUGCUGCUGCAUAACAGAGUGAAAUUAAUUUACUAAUGUAGAGUGAGAUUCAGUGACUGCAUCUCACAGAUAUCUUUUCCAUAUUUUUAUGUGAAAGUCCAAUACAGUAUUGUGUCAAAACCGAAUACAAAUACAAUACAAACCGAAAUGUAUUUUUAUUCUAUGUUUUAAAAUCUAGAGAACAAACUCCUCUCUUUUAUGUUUGUUUAAUAAUCUUGACCAACAUGUACAGUAGGCUACUAAAGUUAACAAUAAUAUAAGUACAGUCAGUCUCCUGUGUGCCUACUUGGUAGUUAUUGUGGAUAAUAAUCAUUUUAACCCUAAAAGUUUGUACUACAGAGUAUUAGUUUUGGUUUGCAUUGUGUUAAUUUCUGUACAUUUGAACUUUUCACAUUUCCAUGGACUUUUUAAUUCCAAUGAAAAAUGUUUGUCCUUUUUUUUUUUCAUUUUUUAAAUGUGUAAUAUUUCUUAGAGUAUGUAACAUUAAAAUUUUAAAAUGUUAACAUCUAAGGAUAUUAGGUUAUAAGUGUAAAAAGAUUUAUCAAAAAGAUUAUGCAUUUCACACUAUUAAUAAACUGACUUAGUGAUUUAAUGUUUUUAUGGUGCUUAUGUUAUAUUAAAUGAUCCUGAUCUGAA